AUGCGACAGGCUUUCCGAGAAACCAGCCGACCAGCAGUGCAGUCCUGGCUGGAAAAGAGGAUUGGUUUGGCCAGCUUCGACAGAUCGUAUUACUACACUGUAGACACAAAGCAGAAGAUGUUCUACUCAGCGAUCACCGCUGACCUAGAGGCAGUUCGAUUGAGAGACGCUGGCUUCGAUGAUGUGAGGAUACGAAUUUGCAACAUAAUCAACUUUUUCGACAUUAAAACCAAGCCAAAGGCUGCUCGGAUCAAUGCUGCGGUCAUCCGCCUCCUUGAGCGCGGAGAUGUGUGGGGCGCGCAGUUGCUGCUCAGUCGUGGGGUGGCGCUAGCUUUCAAGAAGCCGCUAUCGUCCAUGCGAGUAGGCAGUAGCAUUUUCGACGCAUCUUCGGCGCACAAUCUCUACGGACAGGCGCAUGGUUAUAAGGUUGCAGCACAGGCAGUGGAUGCACGACGGACCUUCUUCCUGGCAUGCUCAAGUAAUACUUCGUCCAAAGCUGCUUCGCCGCAGCCACUGCCAUCCACGCAUGCUUGCAGUUCUGCGGCAGCGCCCAAAGUUGGCAACGGCACUGAUCCCGAUAUGCAGUCAAACAACACAGGAUCCAGGUUUCUUUCCACAACGAGCCACACGGCCGACCCAAACACGGUUACCUACAACACGAUGUUGAGUGCCCUUGACGUUGCUGGCAAGUGGUCCCUGUCUGCUGCUCUUGCUUCCAGAGCAGCGGUUGCCCUCGACAGUGUCAGCUUUAAUACAGUUCUCUCUGCACUGUCUCGAAGAGCCUUAUGGGCAGCAGCUUCUCGCUGGCUUUGCAGCAUGCGCAUCCAACGCGCACCCGCAGACAGCAUCUCUUUCAAUUCCACAUUGACCGCCUUGGGACGGCGAGGACUCUGGGAAAAGGCGCUGUCGAUGUUUGCAGAGCUUAGACGAACGUCCCUGCAAACUGACGCAGCUACUGAAGGAGGUCACCUUGCGAUGUUGCAUGCGAUGGAGCAGAAGGGGCAGUGGCAAAGAGCAGCUGUUCGUCUGAAAGCCGCUGCCGAAGACGGUGCUUGUUAUCGCUUGCGCGCCGUCAGCGCAACCACCUCUGCAUGCGAAAAGGGGACUGCUUGGCAAUUUGCUGCAGCUGUGGUGGGAGACAUGACCAACUCCAAGAGCAUCAGGCCAGAUGAAGUGUUCAUCAGCGCCAUGGUAAGUGCCCUGGAAAACUGCAGUCGGUGGCAGGCUGCAUUGGCAGCGGUGUCACUGAUGCCUGCCGGCGGCUUGAGCACUGACAUGGUCAGCUGCAGCAGUGCAAUCAGCGCCUGUGAGAACGCUUGUCGCUGGACUAUGGCUGCGGCGCUUCUGCAGCACUUCGCAAACUUGAGCGUGCUGCCCUCGCUUAUCACACUCAACUCCAUCACGCUGACAUGUGCACGGGUGGCUCUCUGGCAAGCAUCGCUACACUUGCUGCGGCUGCUGACUCCGUACAGUGCUGACCGGACAAGCUUCAAUGCAGCUCUUGUUUCACUUGCCCCCAAUGGGAAGUGGCAGCAAGCGGCAGCACUAGUGACCGACAUGAUGUCACAAGAGGAGUUGCCGGAUGAGCUCAGCUGCGACUCUGCUUUCAGUGCAUGUGCAAGGGCAUCUCA